ACUAAAUCAUACGAUCAGUUGAUUCGUGACUCCCAAGCACAACGGAUUUGCCUAGAAGCAGCUCCUCAUAUCUACGGACUUUACAGUAUUUCGUGCGAUUCGAUUUGAGUUUAUGUUCAAACUUAUUUUUAUUUCUUUGAGAUUUACCGGGAAUUCAAGUGAUUUUAUUCAGUGCAAUUCAGUGAAAUCGUAAAAGGAAUUUUAUAGAAAUCAAGAUAAAAGCAACCAACAUGGGGGAAAAUCCAUCUGAAUCGAAUAUAGCGAAUUGGUAUCGAGACCAAAUCAUUUUUAUAACGGGUGCAACAGGCUUUAUGGGAAAAGUUUUAGUGGAAAAACUUUUACGCGACUGUCCAGAAGUUAAAACAUGUUACCUGUUGAUGAGAACAAAACGUGGCAUUGAACCUGAACAACGACGUGAUGAUUACAUAAAUCACAUGAUUUUUGAUCGAAUUCGUGAAUCAAAUCCGAAACAAUUGGAGAAAAUUGUCGUAAUCAAAGGCGAUGUCUCGGUUGAUGGAUUGGGUAUGAGUGAAAAUGACCGAAAACUCCUUAUCGAAAAAACAACCAUCGUAUUUCACUGUGCAGCAAAUGUACGAUUUGAUCAAGAAUUGACUGGCGCCGUUAAUAUGAACACUUUGGGAACAAAUCGCGUUUUACAAUUGGUCAUCGAAAUGAAACAAUUAAAAGUAUUUGCACAUGUCUCAACGGCCUAUUGUCAGUGCAACGAAGAGGUGCUUGAAGAACGUGCCUAUGCAGCACCAAACGAUCCGCUGGCCAUUGCAACAUUGUGUAAACACUUGGAUAAUGACAUUUUGGAAUAUUUGACACCCAAAUUAUUAAAUGGACUACCGAACACGUAUGCUUAUACAAAAGCACUAACUGAAGACUUGGUGAACAGUUACUGUGGCAAAAUUCCCAUUGUAAUUGCCCGUCCAUCAAUCGUUACUGCUGCUUGGAAAGAACCGUAUCCUGGAUGGGUUGAAGGUAUGAAUGGCCCCACUGGUUUGAUGGUUGGAGCUGCUCGAGGUGUUGUGCGGUCAAUGCAUUGUAAUCCAGAUUAUCCCGCUGAUAUUCUCCCAGUAGACGUAUGUAUGAAUGCAAUAAUAACAGCCGCAUGGGAACGUGGAUUGAAAUACGAAAACAAAGACGUUGAUUUUCGAAAUAUUACUUUGGCGCACGAUAAGCAAAUGACUUGGGGUCUUGCCGUCGAAAAGGGACGUGAAUUCUUUUAUGAAAAUCCAUUGUGUUUCUCACUUUGGUAUCCAGACGGUUCGAUAAAAUCAAAUUAUUGGCAUCACAUGUUUUGCGUUAUUUUCUUCCACUAUUUACCGGCUUAUCUAAUCGACUUUCUAUUGGUGUUAAUGAGAAGAAAGCCAUUUUUGGUUGGUAUUCAACGGCGCAUUUCACAAGGUUUGAAAGUGUUGCAAUACUACACUACCAAAAAUUGGACCUUUAAGAAUGAGAAAUUCUUACGCAUGAAAGAUAAUAUGUCUGAGAAAGACAAAGAGAUCUUUUAUUUCAGCGUAGAAGAUGUCGAUUGGAAUGCUUAUAUUGGUCAUUAUAUUCUUGGCGCUCGGCAUUAUCUACUCAAAGAGAAACCAGAGACAUUGCCUAAAGCUCGUACUCUGUUACGCCGACUGUAUCUAUUAGACAGACUGGUUUCAGUCUUGUUUUAUGGAUUGACUUUUUGGCUCAUAUACUCGUACUGGAGCAACAUAAUUUUUUCGUUUGAAAACGUUUUGGAUAAAUCAGCCGGACUUUUAUACAAACGAUUCAACAAAAAUUACAGCGAAUAACAGCAAUACCGACAUUUUUCCAUAUAUUUUAUUUUGAAUCAACUCAAUCAUAUGUACGACAUUCAACAUAAAACAUAUACAAUAUUAUACAUGAAUAAUUUUUAUAUUGGCCGUAAGCAAUGACGCAUUUCUGAAUACAAAUAAUUUUAUCACAGAGUAAGCAUAAUUUGAAUUGAUAUUGCAUCCAUUCAGAAUUUAAUAUCGAUUUCCAUGUUUCGUUUAUCUUUUUCUUUU